GCAGGACGCAGGAGGAUCGUCGCUCUCCAAGGUGCUGAAACUCGGAGCGCUCUCUCCUCACUCUUUUCCUCAAUCGUGGAAAAAAAAAAACAGCUGAAACUGCGACUACAUCUGGCUUUUUUCUAUCUUGGAUUUUUAAAAUUUUAAUUACAAUAGUGGAUGUGGAAUGAGUGCACGCCAACAGUGACACUCCUGCGUUCAAAUGUCUACCUGCAAUACUGGGGAAAUAGACUUCGGAUGCUUAGGAAACGCCAGAGGAUUCAAUACGCAUUUUGCCAUUUUAAGUCCUGUUCUGCACAGCAAACAGGCGCCAGAAACGACAGAAGAUGACAAAUGAGAUCUACUUUGGAUUUACGUGGAAAUGUGUUUGAUUGCUCUUAAGCCUCUGUGCUACAGCCGAAUGGGAGGAAUAUUGUGCAGAGGAUCGUACUGAAUUUACCAGUGUGGAUAAAAGUGAAGUUUGCUCUAGGUUUCUACAGUAUACAUAACUAACGAAAAUUCUAUGUUUUGGGCUUUGUGGCAUCGCGUCAAGUGCACAUCGGAGCUUGUUGUCGCGCCCGUGUCUCUGGAGUGACGCCGAUGUCAGCGCAGUGCGGAGCGGAUCCAGAGUGGACCCCGCGAGCCUGAAGAGAUGCCACGAACAAGCUUGCGCUGAAAGUGGAUGUCCGUUACGCGGCUGAACAUGGGCCCUCCCCUGCUCCUGCGCGUGCGCUUAUGGGCCGCUGUGCUGCUCGUGCUGAUCGUGCUGGUCCUGAGCGCAGCUGUGGCCCCGGCCUCAGUGGGGAACCCCCCAGAGGACUACACGGCGGACGAGGCGGAGCGCCAGGGCGCAGAUAAUAUGGUGUUCGAUGACUACCGCGGGAAGGGCUGCGUGGACGACAGUGGCUUCGUGUACAAAUUGGGUGAGCGCUUCUACCCGGGACACUCGAACUGUCCGUGCGUGUGCACGGAGGAUGGACCUGUGUGCGACCAGCCCGAGUGCCCAAAACUGCAUCCCAAGUGCACCAAAGUGGAGCACAAUGGCUGCUGCCCCGAGUGCAAGGAGGUGAAAAACUUUUGCGAGUAUCGAGGGAAAACCUACAAGAUUCUGGAGGAAUUUAAGCCUUCGCCGUGUGAGUGGUGCCGCUGUGAACCAAAUAACGAGGUGCACUGCGUGGUGUCGGACUGCGCUGUGCCCGAAUGCGUCAACCCCGUGUACGAGCCGGAGCAGUGUUGUCCAAUCUGCAAAAACGGUCCAAAUUGCUUUGCUGGAACGACGAUCAUCCCAGCCGGGAUGGAAGUGAAGGUGGACGACUGCACCAUCUGCCGCUGCCAUAACGGGGACUGGUGGAAGCCGGCGCAGUGUUUGAGACGUGAGUGCCUCAACGGCCAGGGGCUGUCAUAGGGACUCCACCAUGAGAGAAUCGCUCAGGCAAGGCCCUGCCCACUCUGCACCAUUUUGUAUGACUGACAGGGCAGGAGCACAACUCAACACCUGACACCAGGAAGUUUCAGAGGGACAUUGUCAUAGCCACACAAACACCUGCCGCAGAAAAGGACUGGUCUUGUGGCUCUUUGAAUCCUAUAUAUUUUCUGAAACUUGACAUGCUCGACUUGCUGCUCUCACAGUUUGUAAUCUCCGACUGUCUCCAUGUUGAAUCGCUCAUCUGUUCGUCAUUGGGCCGUGGUAGCAUCACUGCACUCACACAGGUGUUGUAAAUGCAGCAGCAGGAAAACAAACCGUAAGCACACUGAACAGCGCUUUUGUUCUGUCAUGUAAGGCUACUGCUGCAAGCACUUUAAGAGUGCACUUCACAACUUCACUCUGAGAGCUUGUUUACAAGAUGCACUUCACUCACAUGUUUGUUACUUUUGUAUCACUAUGGCAGGAAUUCACCCUAACACCACUGUCUUUUAUAAACAGCAUUCUUUGCUUCACCUAACAUGUUCCUGUUUUAGUAUUGUGAUGCACAGAUGGAAAAGAAGGUUAUUAUUACAAAUGCAGCUUCAAUCUCACAAAGAUUCUUGUAAACCCAGGCAGCAAAUAUUGGAAUACUUAAUCAAAACUUUAGGUAAUUUCUCUGCCUCAAAGGUCCAUAUCCUUCAAAUUAUCCUCCACAAAACAACUGCUUGAACUUGUGUUAUCAAAGUAAUUAGCAAAGCAAGAGCAGCCUGCCUCAAUUUCUUUUAAUCAAAGAGUAUUUGGAGAUAAAUCAUCCAGCUGCUUGCUUGGCGAUACUGUUGCCGCUACGCCGGCACGCAACAAAAACUGAAAAGAAACUGGCAGUACACAUAUGUCUGAAUGUGGUUAUUGUCCAUGAGAGGAGAGUGGGUUAUUUAUCUCAUAGGCACAGUAUGCUGAGCUGCACCCACUCAUGACAACUCCACUGCAAGAGAUUAUUACACAUUUGGGAUUCACUUGGCCCUUUUCAUAUAGUAGCAUUGAAUCAGGCCAACUAAUGGCAUUCACAAGACUCCAAUAAGUGCCCACUCGUUCCCUCGAAGGACAGUGCUGUGUAAAGGAUUUAGUGUGAGAAAUGCUGUUGCUUUAAUCAUUUUUGUAUUUGAUAAACAAGUAGAGUCUAAUCUAAUAUAUUUGAGUCCAAAUAUUUACAUCUAGUAUAUUCAGUGUUUUGAAGGUACCAUCAAUAAAACACUAAAAAGAAACAAUAUUUAUUAAGAAAUUAGCUAUACAUUUCAAAAUAAAACAGGAACAGCUGAACUAAAGAUUUUUAUUUUUUGUGAAAUGUGCUAUACCUUCAUCAUUGCAAGACGGGACCAGUGCCUUGGUAGACAACUUUGCUUUAUGAGUAGACCUUCGUUAUUACUCAACUAGUAGGGAUUAUUCUGAUUUACUGCAGUCCCCUGUCCAUCCCUCUAAGUCAGACCAUGCCCUGAAUAAGUAACAUAGCAAUUUAAUAACAAACUGUUAACUUUAAUAACAAAAACUGACCUCUGAAAGAAACAUAAAAAUGCUAGAAAAAUCUAACAAAAUUGUAUACAUAUUAGACAUACAGCCCAACCCCAUUUCCAAGUGAUUCUUUUUUGUUCCUAAUACUGUUAUCAUAUUUUGCACUGUACUAUACAUUAAAAAUAUGAACAAAGCCCAGUGAGUGUUUUCAUAGAUGAUAAAUACAACUCAUUAAUUCUAAGGUGAAUUCCAAUAAGCUCUUGCUAUACAUCACCAGAUUUCUCCCCAUUUCCAGAAAGCCUUGCCCGUUAACCUUCUAGACCCUACUCCUGGGCUGUGAUGGAUGGUCUGCUUAAUACUAGCUCACAGCACUCUGUAAUGAGCCAGAAAUGAACAUGGGAUAAGGAACUCAAAAAAGUAGUGCUGUUAAAACGAAUUCUUUUGGGUAAGGCUGUGUAAUAAACUCCCCUACGGUGUUUCAGGGAGCAGACAGCACACAGGGAGAAAGGAAAAACUGCAAAAAUGAAUGAGCGUGGGCGGGGACUUGUCAAACAGGCUUUCAUUUUAUCAUUAGGCUGCAGUGAUUUAGUGUCUUUCAGUAUAGACACAGAACUCAUCUAUCUCGCCUCUCAUAAUAGUAAAACUGACAGCUAUGGUUUAUCAAUCACCCUCUCAUUGCUCGAGACGUUUCCAGAUUAAAGCUAGAAGUUUAAGUCUUCAAAUGAACUGAAAAUGGCUAAUGAUUAUUCCCCCACAGAUGUAUUACAAAACAUAGCCACAAGAAAGUUAGCUUUUCUGCCACUGCAUCAAAGCCAUUUAGACAUAAGGUAUGAAGGAGUUUAAUUUUUUUUCUCUAUAAUACAGUGUCAUAAUUACAUUUUCUGCAAAAGACAAAAUUCAAUACAACCAAAUCAAACAGAACAUUUGACUAUGAAUGCAAAGAUUUCGCACAAUUUUACAAAAGAAAAUUUCUAGAAGGUAAAGUAAUAGAAAUAUUUACAAUUGCCAAACUAUCGACGUAACUUGAAAUGAAAGUGGUACAACACAAUUGUUGGGUUUCGGUAACACCUUUUAAAACCUAGAUAUGACAUAUAUUUCAACGAUUUGAGCCAAGAAAGUGGAAAGUCAAAAGUUGGAAAUGCUUAGAAUGUUUGUAUUUGAAUGUCCACUCAUGAAUCCAUCUGUGCUGCACAUAUCGCAGGCUUGUACAUGGGCAUUUUGUAAAGGUAUGCCAUUUGCUCUUUUCACGAGACACUAACUUACUGUAGCUCAAAAUUAUGUUCGUUUUUCCCUAUGUUCUUAUUGUAUUUUACAGCAACAAAACUGUUACAUGAAGUGUGCCUGAAAACCAACAUGGUAUGGGAGUGAAAAACUUAUUAUACAAUCAAUGCUAUUGUAUUGUUUUUGAGCACCAAGGGUCUGACUAUGUGGAAUUCAAAUCUACAAAUAGAAAUAUGUACGUGAUUGUAUGGAGUUACACUGUCAUAAAAUUCUUAAUGAAAAAGGUAAAAUGAGGGUCCAAAUAAGGACCCUUGGUGCUCCCCAUCUUGUUCAUAUGUAAAUAUCUUUAAACAUAUAAUGUGUAUUCUGAACUCUGAGGUUGGAGUAAAAAAAAGUCGAUGCGAAAGAAAAUGAGUAUUAUUGAUUGAGACAAACCCUAUUUUGUUAAGCUGACUUGAAAAGAAGUGUUAUUCGCC